UUUUGGGACGGAGGGAGUAUAAUGGUAAAUUGGUAACAUAAAGGGUAAAAAAAACAAUUUCUCUUAACAAAAUAACGUGGUUAAAGUAAUUUGAGAAAUUUCCUCAGCGUGAGACCACACUUGCUCUUCAAAAAAAAAAAUCUGCAGAAUUUCGGAGUUGGAAUUCAGGUUCCAUUUCUCCAUGAAAAUGGAGCUGCGUUGCAUUACCUUGUUCGCAACACCUUCAAUUUUUCCCAGGUAUCCCAUCUCUUUUCUCAUAUCUUCAUUUUAUCCGCAUUUCGCUAAACGUACAAACAAACCAAGCAUUUACACUUGCUCUUGCUUUUCAAUUUUUCAAAUUGGAACCACAAAAUCCUCAGAAAACUUGCCCAAUUCUUACAAUAAGUCAUUUAUGGAAUACCCAAUUGGAAAAGAACUAUCUUUAGAGAUGUAUAGUGAAAAAAUUAGCCAUUAUUGUAAAAAAGGGUAUGUAGAUAAAGCUAUGUCAUGUAUAUCUGAAAUCCAGGCACUGGGUUUGUGUCCUAAUUUAUUUUGCUAUCUAUGUUUGAUUGAGGGUUUAGGAAAUGUUGGUAGAACCCUUGAAGUUGAAAUGGUUUUCCAAGAAAUGUUAUAUCUUGGGUUGAGACCUAAUGUUGUGGUUUUUAAUGUUAUGCUUAGAGGGUUUUUAAGGAAAGGCUUGUAUGAACUUGCUAAUAGAGCUUUAAGGGUAAUGGAAGAUUUGGGUAUGUGUAAAAAUCAAGAAACUUUGGAGAUUUUUUUGGAUUAUUAUGUGAGUGGUAGGAGGUUGAGUGAUACUUGGCGGAUUAUUGGCGAUAUGAAGAGAAAGGGUUAUCGGCUGAAUUCGUUUGCGUAUAGUAGGGUAAUUGAGCUUUAUAGAGACAAUGGGAUGUGGAAGAAGGCGAUGGAAAUUGUUGGGGAGAUAAGUGAGAUGGGGGUGCCUAUGGAUAGGCGAAUUUAUAAUAGCAUUAUUGAUACAUUUGGGAAAUAUGGUGAGCUAGAUGAAGCAUUAAAAGUGUUGGGGAAGAUGCGUAGGGAAGAAAUAGUGCCAGACAUAAUGACAUGGAAUUCUUUGAUCAAAUGGCAUUGUAAGGCUGGGGAUCAUAUGAAGGCGCUUGAUUUGCUUACUGAAAUGCAAGAUCAGGGACUGUAUCCUGAUCCUAAAAUAUUUAUUAUCUUGAUCAGUCAGCUAGGAAAUCUUGGGAAGUGGGAUUUGUUAAGGGAAAAUUUCGAAAAAAUGAAAUACCGAGGUCACAAAAAGAGCGGAGCUGUGUAUGCUGUUCUGGUUGAUAUAUAUGGGCAGUAUGGGAAAUUUCAGGGUGCAGAAGAUUGUAUAUCAGCUCUAAGAGCAGAAGGUGUUCAGAUGUCAUCAAACAUAUAUUCUGUUAUGGCUAAUGCGUAUGCUCAACAGUUUUUCAGGUUUUGUCAGGAUACUUUAGUUCAGGCUAGUGUUAUCCAUGGUCCUCAUGCGAAUUGUGACAUCAACAAUAGAGGAUGUUUGGGCCUGCAAUUUCCUUUACGAUGGAUAGAUCGUAUCCUUACCUGUGCAAUGAGCUUCUAAAUGGUGACUUUUUCGAUACUGCCUACGAUGAUAAUAGUCAUGAGGGUCAUCCUCUCCACUAUGGGGGCUUCCUUGUGGUUUUUGUCAAGAUUUUCUGCCAGCUCUUAGAAAUAUUGAAUGAGUUACAGUUUUACAUGAUAUACGCCCAAGGAGCAGCUUAGGGCCUGAUGUCAUUUGUGCAAAAAAGGGGAUCCCAGACCACCUUGGGAUUUUUGGUGCACCUAGGAAGCCUUUUUCCUCCCUUUCUCUUUCGAGAUUUUGUGGCUUUAUGAGUUUUGAAAGUCCAAAUGAGCUCUUAGCAGAAAUUGAGUCUAGUAAUAAGGGGAUCCUUGAUUACUUCUGGAAGCAACCUUUUUUUUUUUUAUUCUUUUGAAUUCUGUUUUUGAGUAUGCUUUAUACUUUAUAGUGAUCUCCAAAAGCCGCAUGCAAACAGCAAACAUGGAUAUCAUAUUCAUGUAUUUAUGGUGGCUUAUAUAAUUUGCAUUAUACAUCCUUAUUAACUUUUGCUGAGGUUUUCACAUGCAUUCUGGAAGAGUCUCAUGAGUGAGCUCCACUUAUCGAGUGUCAUAAACCUAUAUGUAAUCCAAAUGGCUAAUAUGGAGCCUUGGCAACCAUAAGAGUUCUCAAAAGACUAAUAACUCUUUAAUAGACUUUCCAUCAGCUUUAACAAAAGGUGUCUUAUGCCUUUUGCUCAAUGCUUUUGAGUUUAAGUUUGUUUUCACAGACUAAUUUGAGGUCAUCUGGCAACCUUAAAGAGCUCUCCUCCAAUUUUCAUUUACAUUAACUGCUAGACCUUGAGGGGUCUUUUUUGCGUCAUUAAUAGUGUUUAAACAUGGGUUCAUCCAAAACUUUUUGAGUCUUGUGCUUUGUGCCUAGAUGACCAGUAAUGACCUUAAGUUUAUGCAAGAGUGCUUGAUAAUAUAAGAGACUCUGCAGUUUGGACAUUUCACUAGUGCCAGGAAUGGUUAUGUGCUUUGCCGGAGGCAAUAGAUCUUAAGCAUCACAUUCAUAGACUUGGUUGUCAAUUGGUGAUUUGGUGAACCCAGGAUGUUUUGCUUAACCUUUUUCUAUCAAGCAUGAUUUUUACUCUUUUGAUGGGUCAGGAGCUUUUAGGAAUGUCAAUUGACUACAGCUAUAUUGUCACAUUCUUUCCUCCUUUUCUUUGCCUUUCGAAAAAAGUGAUAUGCUAACUUUCCAGUAUCUUUAUUGUCUUAAGAAAGAACUCGUGAGACACCUCAACUCAUCCUUGACCAAGAUGAUGACCCUAGGAUAACCAAAUCUUGAGCCAUUUAGAACUAUUAACUUAUCGUCUCUCUAAAGCUGUUGUACAAUAAAGGGAAGCUAAUAAAAAAAUUAAUGCUCAAAACCAAGUUGUUAAAGGCCAUACUUGGCAAUAGUAGUGGUGCGUUGGACUUAAAUGUUAUAAUGCUUUUAAGGUAGAACUUUUGAGACAUAAGGCUUGAUGUUGGUGGUCGAUGGUAUUGCUUAAUGAGUGGUCAGGCACUCUCGUUCAUGCUCUAGAAAAGUUGGAUUUUUGUAGUCAGUAGGCCUUCACUUCCAUAUAUACAUAAACUGGAAAGACUUAUUUCCACAACUUACUCUAUGUUAUGGCUUUCACAUAUAAUGGCAUAAGUGACUCUAUGCCCAACAUCAAGGUUCGUUAGACCUACCUUACAUAGAGACAUAAAGAUAAUAAUCUUAUAACAAUAUGAGACAUGUAUGUGGAAUAUGGUUGAUGUUGGAAUAAUUGAAACAUAAGUCUUGAUGAAAUUCUCAAAGGAACACAGAACAGGAAAAGGAAUUGGCCAUCUUGUCCAAAACGGUGAUUAAUAUGCCCGAGUUAUAAGUCAUAUCUGUUCUGGUCAAGUGAAUAAUUCUACAUAAUAGGCUGUGAAGCUAUCUUCUUGUUUAUC